AUGACAGAUGGUCCUAUUGAUGAUACCGUUGACACUGGUUGUGACAGUGCCAAUGCUGUGUUUGCUGCUGAUGCCACUGAAAGUGGUAGUAGUGGAACUGGUGUCGUUGAUGCUGGUGUAAUGACAGAUGGUCCUAUUGAUGAUACCGUUGACACUGGUUGUGACAGUGCCAAUGCUGUGUUUGCUGCUGAUGCCACUGAAAGUGGUAGUAGUGGAACUGGUGUCGUUUAUGCUGGUGUAAUGACAGAUGGUCCUAUUGAUGAUACCAUUGACACUGGUUGUGACAGUACCAAUGCUGUCUUUGCCGCUGAUGCCACUGAAAGUGGUAGUUGUGAUGUUGGGGGUGCUGCUAGUUGUGUCCCUGGUAAUGAUAACAGUGUUGGUGGUAGUGCCAUUGAUAGUAUUUGUAAGGGGACUGAUGGUACACAUGAAGUGCUCACUGAUGGAAUAUCUGAUGAUUGUGAUUAUGCUAAUGAUAGUGGUUUCAUUGAUGAUCAUCUUUGUAAUUCUAUUGCUGAUACAAAUGAUGAUGGUCUUGGUGCUACAACUGUUAAUGGUUAUGUUGGUGAUCGAGGUGUGUCCAGUGAUAUCAGGGGUGGUGGUGGUACCAAUGCUACUGUUAGUGCCAGUACCUUUGGUGAAUGCGAUGCUAAAAAAGUGGCUGUCAUCAAGCCGUUUCCUCAGACUUAUCAAGUAUGUUCGAACUUUUAAUUUAAUUUAAAAAUUAAUUCUAUACUUAACUGAGUGUCGUCAAUGAGUGUUAGGCUGCCAGAAUAAACCGUGUGCAUUUUAAGCCUUUGUGGCGGAUCUUUUAUAUUACAUAGGUCAUAUGAUAAUCAUCCAGAGCGAUGUUUGUUUCAAUCCAUUUUAUUCACGUUUGUCUGUACACAUAAGGGGCAAAAUCCCUUGAGACCUUCAUUGAGAAUAUAAAACAUACAAGCUAAAAUAUGUUUUUGAGCGAUUUUGGUCAGGAGUUAUUUUAUAGCAGGCUAAAACGCUGUCAUCCAACUAACAUUUACUCUUUCUUUGUUAAAAUUAUUCGUGAAUGGAAUGACCUGCCCGCCAAUGUUGUUGAGAUAGGAAAUUUAAGACGUUUUAAAAUAGCUCUUAAAUCGUACAUGCGUAUUUCUUAGGUUUUUAUCCAUCUUAGAUCUUGGAUUUUAGUCAUAAGCAUAUAUUUUUAAUUUUUAUUUUUGGAAGUUUAUUUUCAUAGGGUCAACCUCUUAAACUUCCUUUUUAGGGUAUAAUUUGUAUUUUAUUUCUUAUGAUACCUUAAAUAAAGUAUGUAUGUAUGUAUGUUUACCCUUACUUCAACUCAGAGGACUGUUCUGAUGUGUCGGCGGUAUUAAAAAAGCCCCCAUUUUGGAUGGUCUUUUCCCUCAAUGCCUCGUUGUUGGGGAUUUGUCGCUAAGUUUUUCCAUCAUGAAGUACUCUAGUACUCAGGGUAAUGUGUCCGCACGCUUCACGUAAUGUUUAAUAACAAAGAACAAACUGUUUUUCCAUUUUCUUACUUAGCAACCCAAUGGAGAGUACGUAGUAAACCAAUGGAGUAUGAUCAGCAACGAUAACCGCUAUCAACUGUUAGGUAAUCUUAUGAGAACAUCUAAGAACGUUCUAGCUUGCAAAUACACCAGUCUGUCCUCGCUCUUUGCCGUUAGGAAAGGCUGUAUGCUGUUUUAACUUUUGUUGAACAUAAUCAUUUCUACAAGCCUGCGAGCUACUCCAUAACGUAGACAGCUUUGUUUAUGCAAACUGCUUUAAUUUCUUCAUUGUAUUAUCAAGAUCCAAUAAAGGCACUGGUAACUUUAUAACUGAUCGAGUAUUGUGGAGAUUAUUAGAAGAAAUUGCGUGUGGCGCGGAGGUCAAUUAAAGAGGUUUUUUACGUCAUAGUUGCGAACCAUCUAUUUUGCAUGAAACGAAUAACGUCUUGGUCUAUAGAAAAGGAGGAGAAAAUUUUUUCGUUGCUUUGCAAAAAACGUAAAAUUUGUGACUUAACUGGUUUACUAAGUACAUACUAUUUUGGAAAUAUUUAGAAUAAUUUUAUGUUUGAUAUCUUACCUCAGAUCUUGGAAAUUUUGAUCUUGAAAAUGGAAGUCUUUGCUGAGAUUCUGCCGCAGUGAAGUGUACUCUUUACAGGUGAACUAGAUUUUCGUGAUGUGUCUGUUAUUGUUUAUCAUUUUCCCCAAACUUUCCCUAAAACUACAGUUGAAUAUUUUGGUUCAUGAGGAACACUUUCCAUGUAACUACCAAUGUUGUUGCGAUUGGGUGCGGCUGUGAAACUAAACGUGGAAAAUAGAGCUACGUCCAUUCAGAAGGCAAUUAUCUCCCAAAUUUUCUUAAAACAGAAACUUAACGACCAUCGUGGCUCCUUGUUCGCUCCAAUCAACCGGAAAGGAAACCAACUCUGAUAACCUUAUUUAUUGCGAAUCACACUGUCACAAUUCAGCAUUUAGUUAUUUGCCUUUGGCACAAAGCAAAAAUAGUAAAACUGAGCAAAUUUUGGAAACUAAGAUUUAAAAAAGCCCAUCUUAUAGGAGCAAACCAGUUGACUGUUCCCAAGCAUGGUGGAAGGAUUGGGUUACCGGAAGAGACUCUUGGUAUUGGCCUGGGUGGGCCGGAACCAAUAAGGCCUGCGCACUCUUGCGCACUUCGUAGUUAUAGCUCAAGUUUAGCUCAAGUAGCCACAAGAUCUUAUUUACUUCCGGUACAAUUUACCAUGGAAAGACCAACGUUUAAGUAACUUUCACUUGAAUUUCACUUUUUUAUGUCUCUUGUUGUUUGUAAGUGUUCAGUUUGUAUCAAUUUGGAAAAUUGUUGUGGUAUUUUUUUCUUUGCAGGAGCAAUCUACCGACUUUGUGUUCCAAGUAAAAAAGCCAACAAUUGUUAAAGAUAACACUAAUAAUAGUUGAAUAAUUUACUCAUUUCUAUAGCGCAAAUUGUUAAACAAUAAAAAUGCAAGCAAUGGAAAUUGUUUUUUUCCAACUCCGUGAAAAGUAUUUAAAUAGUGAUAGUUAAGAUAAUUCCCUGUCACAUCAUAGCUGUAUUGAGUCAUCAAGCUGUGAAUGACCUGUAAGAAGCUGUUAGCCACCCGUGUCGUAAUCAGACUUGUAAGGUUGUGUUUUUGACAUCGCAUUGUUAAUUCAUAAGAACGUUUAGCCAAUCACAGUCGGAGAAGAAGCUUCAAACCUCUCUAAAAUCGACAACAAGACAGGAUUUUAAAACUGUAAUUUUAUUAAUUUCUUAUGUUUUGCAUUUGUGGGGAUGAAGUGCUCCUCUCGUCACACUGUUGCCCCCAUAGCCUCGACAUUUUGUACUCCUGGAAUGUACGUAUAGCUUAGUGGGGGCCCUAGGGAGGCCUACGAUUGGUCACAGCGGACCCUGAGGGGAGGCCCAACUCCCUUCCCUAUAUCGGUCUGUGCAUCUUCCAUAUUUACCCAGGAACGGUCACAGUCGGCCCUGGGAGGAGGCUCAACUCCCUCCUCCAUACCAGUGUGUGUACCACCCUGGUGGUAGGUUUUCUUUAGCUCACAAAAUCCAGGAAUACAUGGGGCUGACCUUUUAAGUUUCAGUGGAGCACUUUGUCUCCCACUUCCCCCUUUUGAGCCACACCAAGUUGUUGUUUUUGUUGCCGUUCAGUAUAAUAAUUUUGGGUCUUCAAACAUGAGGAGGUUGAUUAAUUUCUUAUCUGGUAGUAUGAAAAGUUGUAUGAGUAAACACCUUGUAAUUUUUAUAUUGCGCUCCUUGUUUCCUACUGACUGGAAAGCCCAAUCUUAAGUGUGAAAGAGAGACAGACAAGCCUGUCUCCCUCUCGCGCGUCCGUUCUUUCUUGCAAGCGCCUGCUACGCAGGCUACAAUCAUUACCCGUAAAAAUUUAAUAUGGUCCCUGCAAACCAGAAAGUAGCAAGUUCCGUCCCUAUUUUUAAUCUGAACAUUCGCUGGCAUAUCCUUUUUUAGUAGACAAUUUAUUUACGUUACAACAUUCUUUCACCUUUUCAUGUUUGGAGUUCACAAGAGCUUCAAGGGCAGGUUAUUCGUCGAGGCGAAUACGUUGGUAUCAUCAGGAAAAAUUUUGAAGCUUGA